GUGCCCUUCGCGACUGGGAGGCUGCCGAGGCCCGAGCCGGCUACCAGAUCGGCGACCUCAUCUCGAGGGUGAGGCCCAAGGCGGUCUUCGGCGAUCGUGGCGUGCUCGAGCUGUCUGACGGGAGCUCGUUGGCGGUGGCGCUGCCCGGCGCCGCGUCGUGGCCCACGCCGCGCGGCCGGGACGACAUCAGGACGCUGGCGGUGAAGGUCGACGGCCUCGGUGAUCGGAGCAGGCCGUUCCCGGACGCGGUGAGCUCGGUGCAGCUCGUGAGCGUCAAGGGUUGGCCUAUCGUCGGCCCGCGUGCUUGUUUGCGGCUGCUCAUGCAGUUCGUCAAGCUGAACUUCACCCCAAUGACCUGGGUGUGGAUGAACACGCCUAGCGAGAUGCUGGAGGUCGGGUGCCAGAUCGACCAGAUGUGCCUGCCCAACCUCGUGUUCUUCGAGAUGGUGUGCCGGAGGUACCAGCUGUGGGAGGAGGUCUACAGCGCCGCCUUGCGCGAGGCCGAGGGGGGCGGUGGUGCAGGAGGCUCGGCGUGGCUCGACGAGCGCGAGAUCUUCUUGGGGCAGCAGCGGGGCCGGGGGGCCGCCCUGGUGGCCCCCGGGCUGAAGGAGUGGGUCGCGGAGCGCCUGCAGAAGGAAGCCGCGAUCCUGAAGGAGAGGAGGAAGGGCCGGGAGGAGAAGCUCCUGGCCGCUGGUGUGGCUCCUGCCGGGGCCGCCUGUCCAGCACCGCACGCCUACACGAACGCGCGGGGGGGCGUCAACUCAGCUGGCCAACUGAACCCCAAGAAGAAGCCUAAGAAGCCGAAGACGGCCCCCAAGGGCGCCGAGGGCACGGGCUACUCGUCACAGUUCUCAGGGGAGGCGCCCGUGGACUACCCGGUGCUGCAGCUUUGCGUCAUGGCCCAACGCGUCGCUGUAUGCCGCCUCGCUGGCCUGUAUGGUUCGGUGAGCUUCCCAGAUGCGCACCAUGAUGCCUAUGCCUCGUGGAAGGCGUUGCAGGGGCUUCGGCCGGGCUACGCUGAGUCCGAGUCGGAAGGUGGCAGGGCGGUCUACCAGCCGGGUAUGAUCUCGUUACCCUGUGGCGGCGCUGGCCGGGUCGACUUGGGCUCGAUCAUGCGGGGGCCGCUGCUCAAGAUGCUGGAGGCCCUCGCUGCUUUCGAGUACGACGGGCCCGACAUGAUCGGGUUCUGCUCUGGGAGCGUCGAGGCGUGCUUUUACCUGUAUGAGCUGCCUGAGCGGGCGAGGCGGUGCUUCACCUUGCCCGCGAUUAUGGCUCAGUACUUGCCUGCUGCGCUUCGCGGUCGGUUCUGGGCGGCGCUCCACAUCGACAACUUCGCCGUCGCCUCCGUCGACCAGGUGCGCGCCGAGGGGGCCGCCCAGGUUAUGCGUGAGGCGCUGGCCGACCUCGGGGUCGUCAGCGCCAUCGAGGUGUGCGACGGCAGCAAGGCCGAGCUGCUGGGGUGCGAGCUCUGCCGGACCACUGGCCGAUGGCGUACCAAGCCUCAGCGUCAUUGGCGGCUCAUGGGCGCUCUCGACUACCUGCUUGAGGACAAGGGCAGGAAGGUCACAGGGCACGAGGUUGAGCGCGUCUUGGGGCACAUCGUGGCCGCGUGCGUGCUGAGGCGAGAGUCGCUAGCCAUGCUGUCCGCCUGCUACACCUUCACGGAGACCUCUGGCCAGAAGCGCCAGCCGCGCUGGUCCAGCGCUCGACGCGAGCUCUUCUGGGUACGCUCGCUGCUGCCUUGCAUCGUCGGCGAGAUGGGCAAGGCCUGGUCCUCGACGGUCACCGCCUACGACGCCUCACCUUGGGGCUACGGCGUCGUCGGGGCGGAGUGGGAGCCCGCUGCCGUCGCCAGUCACGGUCGACUCUCUGAGCGAGCUCGCUUCCGCGGGCCACUCGCUGCUGCUGGCGCCCCCCGGGAUCGCACCCUGGAGGCUGAGGUGGCGGAGGCUCCGGGCGCCGCCCUGAUCCUGACCGGCCGCGUGUCGGAGUUCCCUGAGGUCAGCGCGAGGGCCCUGGCCGAGGCUACCUGGCGCGUGGUGGGUUGCGGGCGCUGGAGGCGGCGCGAGGCAACCCACUGCCUCGAGGCCGCCUCUGUCUGCUGGGCCGCGAGGCGCAUAGCUGAGCACGCUCGGCGGCAUGGCCAGCGCCGCCUUGUUCUGGGAGACAACAUGUCGGUCACCCCUGCACUGGCAAAAGGUUCGGACAGCGCGUCGAGGGUGCCCACCUUUGGGUGCCCGGGCUCUGGUCGGCGGCCGCCGGCCUCGCAGCGCAGGCUCGGGCCGACCGAGCAGCGCGGCGACGUGGAGGUGCGGCGCUGGGUCGAGCGAGAGCGGCAGCUACUCUGCCCUCGCCUGCCCCGGCUGGCCGCCGAGAAGGUGAGGCUGAAGACCCGGACCAUCUACCUGGGCGUGCUGGAGGCCUUGCUCGUCUGGCUCCGCUUGGGCUGCCUCCCGGACUGGUCGCGCGAGGACUGGGGCUGCAUCCUGGUGGAGUUCGUGGAGUGGCUCUUCGACAAAGGCGGGGCUGCUGCGACUGCGAAGCGAGCGCUGAAGGGCUGGGUCCAGCGACGGCCCGAGUUCUCGCGCCCUCCGCUGCCCUGGCUGGCGGCGGCCGCUGCGGCCCGGGAGCUGCUCGACCUCGACAUGGGCAUGGCAGCGCUCGGGAUCGUGAUAAUGUUCGAGACCUACACGCGCCCCUCCGGGCUGCUGCGCGCCGCUGGACUUGGGGAGGCAGUGCUGGCUAGCCCAGCCCGCUGCGUGGAGGUGGUGGUGCGCCGCCGUGGCCCGGGCAGUUCGCUCCUCGGCCUCGUGCACGCGGACUCCGCCGCAGCCUUCAAGACGGUCUUGAACGGAGUUGGUGCCUCGGUGCUGCAGGGCACCAUCUACUCGCUCCGCCAUGGCGGCGCCAGCCACGACCGGAGCAUAGGCGCCAGGUCCUUGGCCGCCGCGCAGCAGCGCGGCGGGCGGCGCGCGUUCCGGAGCGUUACGCGCUACGAGAAGCACGGCCGCCUGGGCCUCGAGCUGCAGAAGCUGGGGCCAGCGCGCCUGGCGCUGCUCCGGCGAAGGUCGGCUGGCAUCGAGUUCGCCUUCGAGAAGUACUUCGGGCUGCGCU